GUCUAAUUGGAGUGAUGUACCUUAGUCAUGAUCUCGGUCGCACACUUAAUAAUGUUUGAGAACAAACUGUGAAUAAACAUUGCGAUGACUGCAGUCGUUUGAUACCUAAAUCACAAGUGUAGACUGAAGAGGCCAUAAUGCUGAUAGGUGGGAUGUUGAACAGUGUUUUGCAAAGGCAAGGAUAUACUUCGUUGGCGCGCAUAAUACCAUGUUGCUUCCAGAAACGAAAUAUGAGCCAAAAGAAAAUUCUUGGUGAAAUAAAACAUGAGAAGGGGAGAGAGUUCUUGGACAACAUAGACGCUGCCAUGGUUGAAAAGAAGGCUCGAAUGGAAUCAUGGAUCGAAGAGAUGAGGCAUCGUGGCACUUUGGUACCAAAGGUUAUCAAUGAGUAUGACUGGAAGAUAAUUCUAAAAGAUGUGAAUUCUCGAUCAGCCCUCGAGAAACAUUGUGGAUACAUGUUCCGCCGUGAGUGCAGCAGAGAUAAUGAAGAAGCAAAAAGAGAGAAAAAACAAAAAGAAAGGGAGGAGAAAGUGGAGGAACUUGAAGGUACACGUAGCAAUCACCAGUUUAGUUUGCCGUACAGAAAACGUGACAGCGAAAUGGAAAUGUGGGCCCGUCUUCGGGGCAUAAGGUACGGUGAUCCAAUCAUCUUGGAUAUGGGUUAUCCAGAGAUGAAGUUUCGUGAAAUGGCACAGGCAUACAACCAGUUUUUUCUAGUGAUCGGUGAGAACAAAACCCAUCCUCAGCCAUUUCAUAUACAUGUCACAAGCGUCAGGGAUAACACGGUGUUUGCGGAUAAUUUGGAUUCGAACGAUUGCCAAAGAACAAUGGUUGACCUCCAUGAAAAGCCAUUUUGGGAACUCUUUCCAAAGAAGGAUUUGGUGUAUUUGACACCGGAUGGGCCUAAGUUAAGAGGUGUUAAUUGCAAUGAUAUAUUUGUGAUUGGUGGUAUUGUAGACCUGCACGAUUCGAUGCCCAGAACUUACAUGCGAGCAAAGGAGCUGGGAAUAAGAAUGGGUUCCAUUCCAAUCCACGAUUACAAAUUGCUGGUGAAGGGCCAAGGUCUACGUCUCCCACUUCCACAUAUCUUUGGCAUCAUGCAGGAAUAUUGCCUCAACCACGACUGGGAACAGGCCCUCACUAAGCAUCUUCCACCACGACAUUUCCUGCCAAAGAAUAAAGAGGGGCUUAGAGUGAAGAUGGAGUCAAUUGACUCAUCGAAGCAGAUGAAAGCUUUACGCCAGUACGAGCGGGAACUGUUGGGCUUGAAAGUUGAAAGUAAAAUAUAACGUGGCAAGUCGUUGGCUCCCAGUGUGGAUGUUAAAUAUUCUAGAGGUAUUUUUGAUGGGUCAGAUGGUGUUGGUCUUUUUGGUAGAUUAAUACGCUUGGGGACAUUAAAAUAAUUAUUUAACAAGUAAUUAUGAUAAGUCUGACAACGGGAUUGGUUUAGGUAGAUUGGCUGGAAAUGAAUGAGUUUCUAGCAAACAAAGUUGGCUUUGAAAAAAAUCAAUGUGAAGUCGAAUGAGUGUAGAUGGGAACAAGUCCUAUAACAGUGAUGAAUCAGUUCAAAUGACUCGACACGAGUCUAGUACAAAGAUAAAACUUGAGUAUGUGUUUCUAGUUAAGGAUUGCAGAGAAAGCACCAGAGAUGGUGUAGUAAGUGUAAAUUCAAAAUAUUAUGCUAGUAAGUCUUAUAAGUCAAAUGACAGUGAUCAUUCAGGGCAAUUGUAUGGCAUUUGUAAGAUCAGCGAAAUGAAGGAAUUUUAUUUUUAAGAGAGUCUAGGUAAGAAUGUUGGCAAAUGAAGUACGAGAAACGGUUUUGUGAGUGUAAAUUAAUAAUAUAAAGAAUUGAAACUCCAGAUCCAGCAGUAUCGCAUUCUUAUUAUACUCAAUAUCGUGGUCCUUUAUUUAUGGCAAGUGACCAAUUACCAAAAGAGUGCGUCACAAUAGGAAACAACAUACACAAAUAGUAGAGUAAAGCUCGAGUCACCACUUUGGAACGCUGAAUGCAAAGCACCGAGGGUUUAAACCUUAGUGCGCUCAACCUCACACUUGGCCCAGCAAUAUGCAUUAUACAUAUAACUGUAAAUACAAUUUAACCUCAUAGCAUUGCACCUCAAAUUAAACAAUAAUAAAAGGGAAUUAAAACGCAUUCAAUUCAAUUACCAUUAACUUACUCAAUGGUAGGAAGGAGACCAUAGCAACAGAGUACCAACAUGUUGAGGAACGAUGAAAUGAAAUAACGAACAAGUGUCAACUGCAUCCCUUCUUUUUACAAAACAAAUUAAGAAAAGAGAAUCAUAUAGUUAAUAUUUCAGAUCAUUAUCAUGCAAAUACAGGGACAAACAGCAAUAUUGAGUGUAAAAGAUCCAUAUUAGAUUCUGCAAAUCAGCCAGGCAAGUCUGCUCACAAAGGACUUGGUCCAGAUAGAUUGUCUAAAAACCCUUUAUCAGGAUAGUUAAUGUAAAUGUUUUAACUCUUUCAGUGCUGGAACCCAGCACGUUAUUCUUGCAAGUCAUAAAAGAUGUCAGCUUUGAUUCUGGUUAAAAUCUGGAAGUGUAAAUUUGACUGAUGGAAAUAGGGAACUAGAUUUUAAAAAGUCUGGGGGUAAACAAUGGCACGCAAUAUACCAGAGAUUAUGUGACAGAAUAAAGUAUAGUAGAUUAUCCGUUAGUGGAAAGAAGAUUCAAAACUUUGAAGAGAGAGGGUUAUAAAUAAGACGAUUUAGACGCCAUCCUUUGUUAAGGUUAAUCAUUUGGGAGCGAUGAGUUUGAUGGAAGUUAAGUGAACAGUUUCCAAAUAGGAGAAGUGGCAAGGAUUCUCAGAAGUUCUAACAGUUGCAAGAUAAUGACAGAAAACCAAAGCAAGCGCGAGUGGAUUGAAGAGAUUAAUAACUUAAAAGCGGUGAAAACAUGAUGUCUCUGCAAUGUUGUAGAGGUGUAAGUGUAAUAAGUAUAUGCAAAUAAUUGUUUAAUAAGACUUCAUGACUCAUAGAAAAGAUACACGUUUUAGGAGUAAAAAAACGAGAUGAGAGAAAAUUGAACAAUAUACAAGAAAUUUAAAAACUGCUGAAAUGUGUUGAAAUUGUUUAAAUUAAAGACUUAGCUGAAAUGAUAAAGUAACAUAACUAUAUGUUUCAGCUGCCAGAAUACAUAUGUAGGUUGUCCCAAGAUUUGUAUACAGUAGUUAUAUUUAAAAAUACUAAUGAGAAGUUAUAUGAGAAUAUGUUUAAAUGAGAAUAUGUUAAUGAAAAAUAAAUCAAUAAAAGUA